UCCUGUUUCUCAGCAGCACUUAAUUUGGAAUAAUACAGAGCUGAAAGAUGACUAUUGUUUGAAUGAUUAUAACAUUUCAGAAGGCUGCACUCUGAAGUUAGUUCUGGCUAUGCGAGGUGGACCUAUUAACACUAGAAGAGUUCCUGUGGAAGACCCUAUCAGGGAAAUGGCUGAGUACAUGAAUCCCAGUAGGGAUGAGAUCUGUGAGAAAGGGCCAGCCAACAAACAAGUUACCUUCUUAGUUUAUCGAGAAGGAGAUCAGUUGAAUUUCUUCCGUGUGGUAGAUCGGGGAGAUGGCACUUUAACACCAUUAUCUGAAUCUUUGAGCAAUGGUUCAGUUUAUAAUUUAUAUGCUGAUGAUGAGGAUGAGACAGAGGCCUCACCUUCUGGCCAACAGAUUAUUGAGAAUUCAAUUACUAUGAAUAAAAUGAAACUGCUCAAGGCAAAGAUGGAGAACAUGAAUCUGAGUAAAAAGCCUAAGAAAACUGUCAAGGUGAAACCUCGUCCUCCAAUGGCUCCUCGACCAUCUAGUGGCUCAAUGGCUGCUGCUCGUCACCGUUUUUUAAGAGUGCUCCCCCAUAUCGGACAGUCCUGCCUACCUCCUCCUGGGAAUUCAUAUCCCUCAGAGUCUUCCCAAAAUGCACUUUCAGCAUUGGCUACUUUGGCCACUGCUGGUAGAACAAUGCCAUCCACAACUAAUGACUUUCUUAGGGAAGAUGACACUUGGCAGAACAACUCUUGGUCUCAGUCAGUCAGUAGCAUCAGGUUACCACCGAAAAUAUCUCGUGUCGAACUAGAAAAUGCAAAACUACCUACAAAUAGUAUUCUGACUCCUAUUUCAUCUCUGCCUGCAAGGUCAGAAAAAGCAUCUGAAAAUGUGACCUCAACAAGUGAGGAGGAUGCUGUUUUGUUUCCAAAUCUAACAAAUAUAGAACUAUAUGGAACAGAAGAAAAACUUCUACCUGAAACAGAUACUUUUGCUUUGUUAACAGAAGCGAGCACCACUGAACAGUGUAGUGAGAUAUAUGACAUAGGAAAAGUGAACCCAGAACUUGAACUGUCUGAUGGAGAUGAAGAAUCUAAGGUUGUAGAGCAGCAUGGAAAACCUAUUGGCAAAGUGCUGAGCACUGCAGCAAUGGGGGCUGGUCUUCUCAGUACUCAUGAAUUAAGUCCUCAGAAAAAUCUGCUUUUGUCACCUCUUCGGUAUUCAGCACAAGCGGCACGUCACAGUUCUCUGAAACCACAAGGACAGUCCAAAUGCUUUGAGGCUGGUAACUUGAGAUCUACAGCCUCCCCAAACGUGCUUCGGUCGUUAGAAGUCCAUAGCGUAGCAGACUCCUCUUUUUCUAGGACUACUAGAUUUCAUAGUGUGAAAGUGGAAUCACUUGGCAAAAGACCCGAUGUAAUUUCUAAAGCAGAGGCUAGGGACAUCACAGAUGUGGCUAACAAGGCAGCCAAAGAACCUGUAAGUUCUGUAAGUAACUUGGGAUUUCUGGCUUCGCUGGCCCGAAGCACAAACAGGGAAACUUUACAGAGUUCCUGUAGGACAGGAAGGUUUCGGACUUCUGGUAUUGCACUACCUACAAACCUUCAGCAUUUUCAGGAAAAAAGCUUUAGGAAAACUGCUCCUCCAAAUGAAGCUGCUGAAUAUAUUCUAUCUGCGCAUGGGCUUGGAAUGAAUGGAAGUAUUGCAGUUUUAGGGAAAAGAGUAGGUGAAGCAACCCCUCUUCCACCUGUGAAUGGCUCAAUUCAAGCAAAAAAGAAAAUUACAAAGCAUUGCUUUCUUUGUGGCAAGAAAACUGGAUUGGCAACCAGCUAUGAGUGCAGAUGUGGAAACAACUUCUGUGCAACGCACCGCUAUGCAGAGACUCACACCUGCACCUACGACUAUAAGAGUGCAGGGCGAAGGUAUUUGCAGGAGACCAAUCCCGUCGUUAGUGCACCAAAGCUUCCCAAAAUCUAACGUGGUUGUGCUGCAUGUGGCUGUUCUGCCAGUGAAGAAUUGUAUUACCUUGAGAGAAGCACUUGCUUAAACGGCAUAAUUUUGCCAUGCUCCAUAUCUAAAGAUUUGCCAAGUAACAAAAGCACAUGAGGAUGCAUCCUAUUGAAGAAUAAUGUGAACACUACUGCAGUUAAAACUUUUCUUCUUUAGUGAAUGAAAAGUUAAAGUUUUAAAGUUUUUUAAAACUUACACUAUGGUUUAACUGUUACUGCACGUCUUGUGUUGUGUUUCAUAUUUGGAAAAGCUAUUUCACUAGACAAGUCUUUAAAAGAUGCACUUUACUAACUUUCACUGUAUAACCAGACUUGAGGGGGUGUUGUAAUAAGAGUGUCUUGUAAUGUCUUCUGUACUCUUGCGUUUUUUGUCCAUUGUGUGGUAUCUUCUAAGUUAUUUCACUAGAGAGAUCCUCCUCCCUCCCCUUUCUUCAAGCAGCCUAUUUUGAGAUUUUUAAGGGGGUAGUGUGUUCUGCCCCUCUGUUCCAUUCAGAUUGGCAUUCAUACACUGUGUAUCCAUUCUGAAAAUCACAUACUAUGUUAAUCACAUUUUCUUAAAAUAAUACUGUUUAUAUGACAAGUUUGUUUUUAAAUAGAAAAUUCCCCUUUUGUUGCCAUUAAAUAUAAGGAACAACUUAUUUUAACUUUUUUUGUAAUCCUAGAUUUUUUUAAGACUUCCCAAUUUGAUUUGUUAAGAUGUUGAAUGCUGUUACUGGAAGAAAUUCUAAUAAAUAUUAA